UGUGGUGGUUGUGCCUCUCCAUCUCCGAGCAGGGGGAAUCAGAGUCAGCAUGAGGCAUUUUGGGCAGCAUGAGAAAAAGUGGCUCAGACAACCAUUUGUUCCAUCUCUCUAAAUGUGCUUCCCAUUAACCCUAAUCUUGUUACUUUAAUUGCCAAAGCCAUUAGGGCUCUGCAGUCAAAGGAAACAAAAAAAUCUAUGCAAUUAUCAGCCCCCAAAUUGAGUUAAAAUCUUGUAAUAAAUUACAGCGAAGGCUACUUUCUCCAGUGACUCUCAGAGGCACAUUUAACUCCCUGCUUCAGGGCAGAAACUAAAUUAAAAACAAAAACUUAUUUCAUUUUCAUUGCUGGGCUAAUGAAACCUCUGUCACCCACAGCAUCUCCCUGUGUGUGCCCACUGUCUGGGCUCUUUGAGUGGUUCUUCCUCCCUGAUGAUGUGUUGCACAUAUAUAUUUAUUAUAUUUAAAAAAAUAUAUAUAAUUGUAUGGUAUAUAUAAAUGCAGCAGCUGAUGGUGACAUGCAUGAAAAUGGGUAAAAAUAACAUUUCUCUCUGUGAAUCCACUUAACAAGGGGCAGGUUGGAUGCAGAGCUGUGGCCAUCGCUGCUGCUCGAGCAGGGUGGUUUGGGGAGUAUAAAGCACACCAGGACUGGCACAGGGAAAGCCUUGGCACGGUCAGGAUGUUUCCAUGGCCCUGCCUGGUGGUGAGAUGAGAAAACAAGAAGGAAGGUGACCACUCACCAAGAGUAAUGUUCUGAAACUUCUCCAAAAAACCACUUUGACUGAGGUCUCUUCUGUCAAAGCGUCAGAAACUUCUGUCAGAAACUUUUCUGUCAAAAAACUUUUCUGUCAAUAACUUUUCUGUCAAAAAUUUCUCCAGCAAACACCUUUGACAGAGGCCAUUUCUGCUCUUGCAGGGGAUGAGGAUCCUGCAGCAUCUGAAGAGCACGUGAGUUAUUCAGGUUUCCUGGAAAACAUGCAGAUUCCUACAACAGGAUCUCAGACAGGGUGGAGACCAUUUAUCCACUGCUGUCAUCCUUGACCAACACCAGGAAAGGCAAAAACAAAACCAGGGAGCUCAUAUUUCCUGCCCACUUGCUCUUACAAAAGUGAAAGAGGUUCCUAAAAGCCUAAUUCGAGCCUUCAGCAGGAUGGAAACAAGGGAAGAAACUCCUCUGCCUGGAGUUUCCUGGAAUGGGUAUUUAAGCAAUUUUAGGCGUGGGACCACAGCAGGCAGCCACUCACCAAAUGCAACCUUGGUGGCGACGACGACAAUCACGACCCCCUGGCUGGAUGGGGCCAACUCCAGCGAGUACCCCUACGAGUACCUGGACGAGGUGGAUUAUGGGCAGUACGGGCUCUGCACCAAGGAGGGGGUGCUCUCCUUCACCCAGGUGUUCCUGCCUUCCUUUUACACCGUGGUCUUCCUGCUCGGCAUGGCCGGGAAUGCCCUCCUGUUCGUCGUCCUCAUGAUGUACCUCAGGAAGAAGAAGAAGAAGAUGACCGAGGUGUACCUGCUGAACCUGGUGGUUUCAGACUUCUUCCUGCUGCUGACCCUUCCUUUCUGGGCUCUGCACAUUUCUCGGGGGGUCCCCUGGGACGCUUUGUGCCCCGUCUUAAAUGCCAUGUACACUCUGAACUUCUACAGUGGUGUCUUUUUGGUGAGCUGCAUGAGUCUGGACAUGUAUCUGCAGAUAGUUCACGCUUGCUCUGCCCACAGCUCCGCGUCGUGGAGGAAGCCCGUCCUCGGCUUGUUGGUGGUAUGGAUCCUUUCCAUACUUCUCUCCAUUCCUGAUGGCCUCUUCACCAGCACAAGGCAAAUCCACAACGAAACCACCACGUGCACCCAGGAUUACGGCCAGGACCACUUAUUUUGGAAAGUCGUCUUUCGGGUCACUCAAAACGUCCUGGGCUUCUUUUUGCCCUUCCUCCUGAUGGUGUUCUGCUACUCCCGCAUCGCCUGUGUCCUCAGCACGUCGCAGCUGCCUGGCUCCAGGAGAGCCCUCUGCUUGGUCUUCACCCUGGUGGGUGUCUUCUUUGCCCUGUGGUGUCCCUACAACGUUGUCCUCAUCCUCCACUCCCUGCAGGAUGUCGGUGUGAUCAGGAGCUGUGACAGCAGUAGGAAGCUGGACUACGCCAUGCAGGUCACGGAGAGCUUGUCCUUUGUCCACUGCUGCCUCAACCCCUUGCUCUAUGCUUUUGUGAAGAAACGAUUCAGGUCCUACCUGUGGAAGAUCCCUCAGGCCAUUUUCAGAAGCAGUGGUUUCUUUCACAUCCAGCCCUUGGAGACAAGCCCAUCUUGCAGCAGAUACGUGGCUGAGAUAGAAAUGUUGAGUAUCACAACUGUAGCAUAAAUAUUUACGUUGUUUACACUAUAUGUGUGUGCCCCCUGGGCUGCAUUUGGUCCUUGCCAUGGGGUGGAGUUGGUGUGAGCCCACAACACUUCGUAACCAGACAGUUCAUCCAAGCACCGCCCUCGAGAUGGGGAUUUUCCAUGCUGGGAUUGGGAAAGUACUUGUGAGAUUUGUUUCUGUUGAUAUAAAACUGGGAGGGGCUGUUGACUCCCUGGAAGGCAGGGAGGCCCUGCAGAGAGACCUCAACAAAUCAGAGCACUGGACAAUCACCAACCACAGGAAGAUCAACAAAGGGAAGUGCCAGAUUCUGCCCCUGGGAUGGGGCAACCCUGGAUGGAUGGACAGACUGGGAAUGAGAGGCUGGAAAGCA